AUGAGCACGAAUAGACGCCCUCAAGCCACCACAAACAACAAAAAGACCCUCCGGGUCUUUCAGGCCAACGUGGGCAAGGUCCCUCCCGUCCACGACUGUGCCCUCGCACUGGCCGACUCUGAACGAUACGACGUUGUCCUCCUACAAGAACCGUGGACAGCAAUUGCAGACUCGCGCUGUCUCACGAAGACGCACCCGGCAUACGACACCUUCUCCCCA